GCCGGUGAGUUUUUUCUUCCUCUCUUUACCUAUUUCUUCUCAUUUGACUCGCUAAUUCGUUAUAUCGAAGAUUUCUCAAGACUUUUCUAGACGAAUUUUCAUCGAUUCUCGUGAUAUCUGUAAUGAUUCAGUCUCAUUCAAUUUCUCUUUUGAUUUACAGGAAAUUUUGAAUCAAGCCAUUGUUGAAGAAACUUCAAUUCAGAUUUGAUCUCUAGCAGAAAUUGUCGCAUGGGGGUGAAAGUAGCUUCUUCAUCUCCUUUCCUUCGAUGGACGAAUCAGCCUCUCGUUCAUCAGUCUUCUUCACCUUCUCAAACCCUAGCUUCCGGAGCCAUAUCAUCUCCUUCAAAACGACGUAGCACCGUACACGACGGACGGUUUCUAUCAUGUCGUUUCAUGCCACAGAGGAGACUGAACCGUUCGGCUCUUUUCGGAACUCCGUCGACGAAGCUUCACCGCUCCAAAUCCUGUGAGCUAUGGGAAUCAUCAUCAUCAUCUAGACCGAUCAAAACUAAGUCAAUUCGAAGAGUUUAUAGCGCACACUUAGAUCCAUUCUCCGACGAAGAGUUUUCCAAAAAAAUCCAAGAGCUAACUCUCAGAUUCAAUGUCCCAAACCAAAACGACGACGACAAUUCAGAGCCGAUGAUAAUUCACGAUUACAAAGCUAAUUCAAUCGAGCCACCAUGGCAUGAGAUGGUUCAUUUGUCGAGUAUUGAAAUGAAAGCAAACAGUGUUGAUCUUCCUCUAUCACUUCGUAUCAUAAAGAAGAAACGACAAUGGGAAGAAGGAGUUAAACAAGCCAGUGAAUCAGCGUGUUGCUCGAUGAAUAAAGCUUUUUCUUCAAUGGUGUUUAUGAUUCGGGAGCUUCAGAGCUUUACUUUACAUAUGAGAGAGAUUCUGUUUUACGAAGACUUGCAAGGGAUUUUGCUAAGAGUUAGAGAAGAGAUGCAACAAUCUUUCGUUUGGUUGUUUCAACAAGUUUUCUCUGCUACUCCUACGUUGAUGGUUUAUGUUAUGAUACUCUUAGCCAAUUUCACGGUUUAUUCGAUUGGUAGCAACAACUCCGCUUUAGCCGCUCCUCUUCCUCCGACGAUUACAGAGUUAACGACUAGUGAAACUGAUGAAACGAACGUGAAGUUUGAUUCCUCGAUGGUGAAAACGUUCUUUGUAUCGUCUUCUAGUGGGAGUACUACUUCAGUUGGUGGUAACAAUAAUGGUGGCGGUGGAAACAUUCGUCCGGUGUUAAGUGGAACAGAUGGUGAUGGAUUCGAUGGAUCAGAACAGUUCAGAACAAUAAUACCCGAAGGAGUUUCUCAAUUGUCAUCGUCGACUUUCGGGUCAACGACUUCAGAGUCAGAGCCGUCGGUAUCGGGACAAGAUGAACAUAGGCUGUGGAAUUCGAUGGUGGAGGAAGCAGAACGAAUGCAGUAUUCAAAUAUUGAUGACUCGUUGGAUCAAGAGACGAGGAAGCGGUUUGUGUCUCAUGUGGAAGCUCGAGUAGAAGCAGAGGAAGACAUGGGUUACUUCAAAACAGAGCUUAUGUACCAAACAGGACUGUCUCAAGAGCCUAAGAAUCCUCUCUUGCUUGCUAACUAUGCUCAGUUCCUUUACCUCGUCUCUAAUGACCAUGACAGAGCGGAAGAGUACUUCAAAAGAGCGGUAGGAGUGGAACCGAAAGACGCAGAGGCGCUUAGCAAAUAUGCGACGUUCUUAUGGAGAGCACGGGACGAUCUUUGGGCGGCUGAGGAGACUUUCUUGGAAGCAAUCGAUGCUGAUCCGACCAACUCUUACUAUGCUGCUAAUUACGCCAAUUUCUUGUGGAAUACUGGCGGUGACGACACGUGUUUCCCUCUUGACGACGAGUCUCAUGAAGACACCAUCUAGAUAAGAUGGUGCAACAUCAAAGUUUCUCUAUAUAAAAUAUUGUAUACAAC